AUGGCAGGAUUUGAUGUGACCAACUGGGUAAUGUUUCCAAAUCAAUCUUUUGUCAGAGUCAAAAUUGGAAGGCUGGAUCUUCAAGCUCCUCCAGGCAAGGAGUUAAUCAUUCAGGAUGAAAGCAUCGUGUGGCAUAGAACCUUUAACCAGGUUCUUCCUAUUUCUGUGGUAAUGACAAGUGUCGCCCUGGUCACAGAAGAAAAGAGGAAAGAAGGGAAGCCAUUUGCUGUUAUGAUUGUGUUCCAUGUCCAGAAGGAAAGAUUUCUAACCAAACAGCUCACCUAUGACUGUCUUGACUCAAGGAUAACUGACAGAAGACUGUACCAUUCCCUGUACCAGAUGGUCCCUAAUGAUGUCCAUGAGUACAAUGGAUUGGUUAAGUUACUUUUGCAUUUCAAAUGGACAUGGAUUAGUGUCUUUACUAUGAAAUACAAGAUUGGAGAAAUUUUUUUGGAAGCAUUAAUUCCACAGCUUACCCUGAAUUACAUCUGUGUUGAUUUUAUACAUAGGAUAUUGCCAUUGGCUUAUAUUGAUGGAAUGUCAGAUUUGCUGUUCAUUGAAUUUAAUAAAAUUUCAAUUGUCAUGACAACCAAAGCCAAUGUUUUUGUGGUCUAUGGUAAAUCCGUGGUGAUGGACAUUUUGACUGUGUAUCUUCAAAUGGCACAACUUCCUAUAGGUAAAGUAUGGCUUGUGACAAGUCAUUGGGAUUUCAAAACCACCAAUGAAAAGAGGUGGAAUAUGAGCAAUUUACAGGGUGCCUUAUCUAUAUCUCUACACUCAAAUGAACCCCUGGGAUUCAGAACAUUUCUUCAGAGUCUAAAUCCUUUUGAGGAACAACAAAACGAUUUGAUCAAGGAUUUCUGGGAAAAGACCUUCAAUUGCUCAUUGAAAAAUAAUAAUGUGGGUGAAGAUCUUAAGAAACGUUGCACGGGAGAGGAGAAAUUGGAGAGUCUUCCAUUACAAAUCUUUGAAAUGAGCAUGACUGGCAGCAGCUAUGCUGUAUACAAUGUUCCUCACUCAGUGGCACAUGCUCUACAUGCUAUAUAUCAAUCUAGAUUCAAACAGAAAUCACAGGUGGCUAGAGUGCAUUUGAAGAAUUUGCACCCAUGGCAGCUCCAUCCCUUUCUAAGAAAUCUCACAUUCAACAACAGUGCUGGGAAGACAGUACAGCUUAAUGAUAAUGGAGAAUUAAUGGCAGGAUUUGAUGUGACCAACUGGGUAAUGUUUCCAAAUCAAUCUUUUGUCAGAGUCAAAAUUGGAAGGCUGGAUCUUCAAGCUCCUCCAGGCAAGGAGUUAACCAUUCAGGAUGAAAGCAUUGUGUGGCAUAGAACCUUUAAGCAGGUUCUUCCUAUUUCUGUGUGUAAUGACAAGUGUCGCCCUGGUCACAGAAGAAAAGAGAAAGAAGGGAAGCCAUUUUGCUGUUAUGAUUGUGUUCCAUGUCCAGAAGGAAAGAUUUCCAACCAAACAGAUAUGGAUGCUUGCACUAGAUGUCCAGAAGAUGAAUAUCCAAAUCUGGAUCAGAGCCAGUGCAUUCCCAAAGUUUUAACCUACCUCUCUUAUGAAGAACCUUUAGGGAUGACUUUAGUUUUCUCUGCUAUUACUUUUGCUUUCACCACAGCUUUGAUAAUGGUAAUAUUUAUUAAGCACAAAAACACUCCCAUAGUCAAAGCCAAUAAUCGAAGUCUAACCUACGUUCUUCUCAUCUCACUCCUCCUUUGUUUCCUCUCCUCUUUCCUUUUUAUUGGACAGCCUGGACAGGUGAGUUGCUUUCUUCAACAAAGUGCUUUUGGCAUCAUAUUCUCCGUGGCUCUCUCCUCUGUUUUAGCAAAAACCAUCAUUGUGGUUCUGGCAUUUAUGGCCACCAAACCAGGAUCAAGGAUGAGAAAAUGGUUGGGGAACAGCCUGGGAAAAUCUAUUGUACUUUCUUGCACCUCUGUUCAAACAGGAAUUUGUGCUUUUUGGUUGAGCACUUCUCCACCAUAUGCACAUACAGAUAUGCACUCCAUGAUGGGAAAAAUCAUAGCAGAGUGUAAAGAGGGCUCAGUUUCCAUGUUUUAUGGUGUCUUGGGGUAUAUGGGCUUCCUAGCUGCUGUCACUUUCACUGUGGCAUUUCUUGCUAGGAAGUUACCUGACAGUUUCAAUGAAGCCAAAUUUAUCACUUUCAGCAUGGUGGUCUUUUGCAGUGUUUGGAUAUCAUUUGUCCCAGCAUAUCUGAGUACCAGAGGAAAAUACAUGGUAGCUGUGGAGCUCUUUGCUAUCUUAUCAUCUUGUGCUGGGCUACUUUUUUGUAUAUUUUCCCCCAAAUGCUACAUAAUUGUGUUCAGGCCUGAGUUAAACAACAGAGAACAAUUAAAAUGUAACAAAGAAGCCUAA